ACACAUUAGUAAUUAUUUUCUUCUUCUUGUAAAAUGUGAAACCCAGAACUGCUCCGUGCUUCAACUGUGGCUGCAAUGGCGGGCUCGGUGUCCUCAAGCUUCUCCGUUCCUUCCUGCGUCCCACAGAACCUGAUUAAGGGAAGACAUUCAAAAAGAUCAGCUUUUUGUAGAAUUCCAAGCCUAGCACCCAGAAAAACAGUAUCCAACCUUCUUGCACUUGACAGCAUAAAUACAGAGAUAUUUUCUGUCAAUUGGAGCCAUCAUCGUUGUUUAACUGCAACAUCAAUGCAAUUAGGUGAAAUUUUACUUAUUGUUUGGAUGUAAGUUCUUGGACCCAUAUGAUAAUAACUGGUUAUUGGGUAGGACCAGAUAUUGAUGAUGGCUGGGGAUUCAUAGAAGCUUUUCUUGAUCAAAUUACUUAAAUUUUCAAAUGCAAUAAUGCUCAGUGGCUUUUAUUUUAUUCCCAGUCUUUCUAGAGAAUAUUGAAUGUGAAAGGUGUGGAAAAAAUCAGUUUAUCAGAUAAAUGAGAUGCUUCCUUGACCUUCCUUCAUGAGGGAUAGGAAAAUGAUUCUGUGGCAUAAAAGCUCUUUGCCCUUUCAAGAUGUCUUGAGGUGGUACAUAUUUGUGAACUCUUACUGUAUGGCUGCUCCUCUCUUUUUCUCCUUAUGAGUUCUUACAACAUUUUCUUUUCAUUUUCAGAUAGAGAACUGCUAUUAUUUUUAAUAGCAUUAAUACUCCAUAGUUUAUUCUGCAUAUAACUCAAUGUCAUCUUUAACCAGUGAAUUAGCUAGGAAUGAGCUUUGUAAAGAGGGCAUAUUUUGAAAAUAAAACUAGGUAUCAUGCAGAAGGAGAAUGACUUGGUUGGACUUAGGUUAGAGCUUGCCAUUGGUUUGAGUCUAUUGGCAAGCUUUUGCUUUUAAGAGUUGGGUUUUACCUCCUUAGUUGAGCUGGUGUAGAACUCCUUGAGCCUGUUGGAGUUCUUUAUGGGCCCUUUUGUUCAUCAAAUCCCAAUACCAUCUAAGAAAGAGUCCUGAGUAUUGCUUAUGAAGUUAGUUUUGUUUGUUAGUUGUUUCCUUUUAGUUCUGUUUCACAACUGUAUUUGAGUCCUGAUUUUAGUACAAAAUUUUUUUGCUAAUUACCAAAAAUGAAUCAAUCAAAUUUUA